AUGGCCGAUUACAAUAGACAGCAACUGAAGCGUCGGCUAGACGCUAUCGACGAGCAGCUCGAGCUGAUGAGGGAACGACGGCGCAUAGCUGAUAUGCUCGCCGAGGAGCCGGAAACAGUGCAGACAGCAAAGUCGGAGUUGCCUAUCGCAACAAUCUCACUUCUUGACGCCGACGAUGAGGAUUUGAUUGUGGUACAGAGCCCAAUCAAGUGUGAGGAGGAUUUCGAAGACGCCAAACCACCUAUGCCAACCUCGAUGCCCUUUGGUGGUUCGGCAGAUCCGCCUGUGCACGGCAUCUGCCAGACUCAAGCUGGCCACGCUGUUCUUACGAAUGCUGUUGUCCCGGCUGUGGACUCGACAGCGCCAGCACCUGCGCUGGUGCUAACGCCGUCUCCAGUCCAGGUACAGCAGCAGAAGGCUCCAGCUCAUCCCGCUGCUUACAGAGACAUCAGCAUAACUCACCAUCCAAAAUUCCUGACUCUUGUCCAAAAAGGCAAUGGCAACGGCUAUUACGAGCUCCGCUGCUGGCACUGCGGCGGGAACUGGAGUCCACUUAGAAAGAAGUUCCUCGAUGGGGUUGGGGGCAUUCGACGCCACGUCACUAGUUGCCACCAGGGACAAGCUCCGGCGAGUGGCAUGACAGAUCGUCAGAUCGUUGAGUCGCCCAAGGUGCGCGAGCUCACCGUCAUGGAGGUGGACGACAUGGUUAAGCGAAAGAAAUGCGCCUAUGUCAUCCCGGAAAUGCCACUUGCUCGUAUGCCAGUAUCCGCGGAAGGCAGACCCAGAGGAAGGCCAAGGAAGUCUGUCGAGAAGAAUGGCAAAAGUGCACGCAGUGCGUCAGCCACUGUUGUCCAAAAGCGCGACAAAGCCGGGCGCUGGAGCAGACCUGCCAGCGAGACAGAGUACCAUCCGAGAGACACGGAUGAUGAGGAUCAGCCGCCACGCUCCGGUACGUCGAUGGCCAGACUGGAGGCCGCGAAGAAGUAUCGACGUCUCAAGUAA